UUAAUUGGUUUGAAGCAUUGGAGCCUCCGAACAAAGUAAAGAACCUUACCUUUCUCUCCUUCUGCCAUACCCAUAAUAAACCCUAACUCUUUACCAGAGGCAGACCAGAUAUGGCGGCACAAGGCUUGGAAGACGUCCCUUCAGUCGAUCUCAUGACCGAGCUACUUCGACGUAUGAAGUGCUCUACCAAACCCGACAAGCGCCUCAUUCUUAUCGGUCCACCUGGAUCGGGAAAAGGUACUCAAUCACCAAUUAUUAAGGACGAGUACUGUUUAUGUCACUUGGCUACUGGUGAUAUGUUGAGAGCCGCAGUGGCUGCAAAGACUCCUCUUGGGGUGAAGGCUAAAGAGGCCAUGGAUAAGGGAGAGCUUGUUUCUGAUGACUUGGUUGUUGGCAUCAUCGAUGAUGCAAUGAAGAAGCCUUCGUGCCAGAAAGGUUUCAUUUUGGAUGGAUUUCCUAGGACUGUAGUCCAAGCGCAGAAGCUCGAUGAGAUGCUGGAAAAGCAGGGCUCCAAAGUGGAUAAGGUUCUUAACUUUGCAAUUGAUGAUGCGAUUUUGGAGGAGAGGAUCACUGGUCGGUGGAUACACCCCUCCAGUGGUCGGACCUAUCACACUAAGUUUGCACCGCCCAAGGCCUUUGGCGUUGAUGAUGUCACUGGAGAACCUUUGAUUCAACGUAAAGACGAUACAGCAGCUGUACUGAAGUCAAGGCUGGAGGCGUUUCACAAGCAAACAGAACCGGUUAUUGACUACUACGCCCAGAAGGGACUUGUGGCUAAUCUUCCUGCAGAGAAACCCCCCAAGGAGGUCACAACUGAAGUUCAGAAAGUACUGUCUUCGAGUUCGUGAAGCAGAGAGUCUAUACUAUUUUUUUUUAGUUUUAUAACUUUUGUGGAUUCUUUCCCAAAAACUUUAGAUUAUAGCCCGUUUUAUAUCUUAUAUGCAAUUGAAUUGCUGACUUUUUGGGCUUAUUUAAUUGAUUUUGGAGUUGCAAAUUCCGGCUGCUGUUGUCAACUUUUUGAGGGUUAAAAAUGAAUACUAAUUUGAAAAUAAAAUUCAACGAAUUGUUGGUUAGUUA